CUUCCUUCCACUCCCAGGGCGUUCGUGCAUUCAUCCGUUCAUGCCGCCACCCUCAUCCGGAAUCCGAUGGUACGUCCCAGGCUCCCCCUGCGGUCGAGUGCGGUGGUAGGCUCCGGCGGUAGCAGAGUCCCGUCCGGUCCCGCCCCGCCUCCCUCCGCCUUGUCAUUGAUGUUGUUGUUUUUGUCGCAGGAGCCGGAGGGAAGGCCGGGGCCGGGGCCGGGGCCGGGCUUUGGGCUACGGCCGCCGGCGGCUGUGCCGGCGAUGUCGUCGGUGUGCGGGGGGUCGGUGGGCGCCGGCUCCUUGCCCAGCGAGUUGGUGGUUCACAUCUUCUCGUUCCUGGCGGCCCCCGACCGACUUCGGGCCUCAGCCGCCUGCUCGCACUGGCGCGAGUGCCUCUUCUACCCGGCGCUGUGGCCCCGGCUGCGCCUCAGCUUGCGCGUCUGCCCGGCGGAGCGCCCGCGCCUCGACUUCCUGAUGCGCAAGUGCGGCUGGUUCGUGCGCGAACUCCGCGUCCAGUUCGCCGCUGACAACUAUCCCAGCGGCGGCGGCGGCGGCGGCGGGAGCGCGAGUGGGGUCUGCCAAGAAACGGCGGCGGUAACGGCGGCGGUGGCCGAGGGGGAAGCGCCGCUCUGCCCUCGCUGGCUGGAGCUCUUGAGGACAUACCUGGAGCUCGUGCUCUGCGUAUUAAGCAGCGUCCGCAACAACAGGAAUCUUCAGAAAUUAAGUCUCUUUGGUGAUAUAAGCAUUCUGCAACAACAUGGAAUUAUAUCAAAUACAUACCUCAGCAAAGUAGAUCCAGAUGGCAAAAAGAUUAAGCAAAUACAGCAGCUAUUUGAAGAAAUUUUGGGAAACAGCAGGCAAUUGAAAUGGUUGUCAUGUGGGUUUAUGCUACAAAUUGUAACACCCACAUCUUUGUCAUCUCUCUCAAAUUCCAUUGCCAGCACCAUGGAGCAUCUGAGCCUACUGGAUAACCACAUUCCGGGUAAUACCACUCUUAUCACAGCAAUUGAAAUGGAGCGCUUUAUCAAUCUACGCUCGCUUGCCUUGGAUUUCUGUGAUUUUACAGGAGAAAUGGCGAGAGUUUUGGCUGACAAUAACCACGUGCCUUUGCAUCGACUAUCUCUUCUGGUCCACAAUAUUUCUGUAAUGCACAAAUCCUUGGAGAACAUGCCAGAAGAUGAAGAUUGGAAAGCCCUGACACGCAACAGCACUAAUCUUCGGGUCUAUAUAAUAGCUUUUGAUAUUAAGAGUGAUGACAUGUUAAGGAUUCUUAAGCCUAGUAUCCCACUGGAAAGGAUUCACUUUGACAGCUACAUUACUUGCGUUUCAGGCGCUGUUGUUGAUCUCAUAUCUAGGCAGUAUGAUAAGUUCCUCACUCACUUCAUAUUAAUGAAUGAUGUGAUAGAUAUGUCUGGCUUCCCAGAUCUCAGUGACAACCGGACCGAAGAUCCAUUGGUUUUAUUGGCGUGGAGGUGCACAAGGCUCUCUCUUCUGGCAGUACAUGGUUAUACUGUUUGGGCUCACAACCUGAUUGCCAUUGCUCGUCUUCGUGGCUCUGAUUUGAAAGUGCUUGAAGUCACAGAAGAAAGCAUUGAUUUUGACAAUGGUGAACUGGCUGAUCAGGAUGUAGAUCCAGUGCAUAAUCUCAUUGAGCAGGUAUCCCUUGGAUUGGGUCGACCCUGGCAUGCAGUCAUGGACAUAGAAUUGCUCAGUGUGUUUACUGAGCCAACUCGUCAUUUUUACAGAGAAAUGCAAAGCUUCAGUGAAGGCAUUUAGUUCUCUUUAUUUACAGUUCCUGUGGUUACAUAUGCAAGUAGGGUCCUAUUAUGUUUUUCAGUAGUGUGAAUUAACCCCUCUUGUGCUGUGUUUAAUCAGUAUUAGCUAUAUAGAAUUAUAUAUGUAUAUUCUACUUCUUGAUCAAAGAACGUAGUCGGGUAUUGUUUAGAAGCUGAAAGUGGCAAUGUUUAGGGCUUUCACGGUUAAUGGACUUGUCUACAAAACAAAACAAAACUCAGAUGAGGCUGAAGGUUAUCGUGAGAUUGCCAGCUAACUUUCUUUUUGUACUGAGUAACUCUGCAACUUCACUGAUUUUACUAUUGUCGGAGUUUUUUGUGCUCAGAAGCCAAAAAUCUUUUUACUAUUCAUAGCCCGGUGAAUGCGGUCAUUGUCAUGUAAAUUGGUAGCAUGCUACUUAAGCUUUUUUUUUUUUAAAUCAAGAUGAUCAAUACCAUUUGCUGUAAACCUUGCUUUGAUUUCACAUACAAUAUCUGAAGCAUGAAUUACUGCCAUUCUGCAAUCUCCUCCUCAAAUAUGAACAGUAGUUUAUUGCACUGUGUAGCUUAUUCAGAGGUUUACCUGACUCUGAAGGCUAUAAGCUGUAGUUUCACUGUAAAUUAAUUAUAGCUUCUUUUUCUCGUGGUCUGUCAGCUUCUCUGUCCAAGUUAGCUUCGGGCCCAGGUUUGAAAAGAAAUGUUAAGAUUAUACACUCCAAUGGGGUAAAACCCUAACAAUUUAGAUAUAAAUUUAUAAGUCUACUUUGCUUGCAAACAAACAUUAGUCGUGAAAUCCCUAGCAACUAAGUCACUGGAUUCUCUCUGUCAGCGCCUGUGUCAGCUGCCAAAGAAUAGAUUAAAAUGAAGAAGUGCCCACAUGCUGGCAGGGGCAGGCCAAUUUUUGGCCAGCCAGGUACUGCUAGAUUGUAAUAUAUAAGGUCGAAUUUCGACCUGUGGUACACAGCUGUGCUGUGGCUCAGUCAGCAACCUCAGAACUCUUAAACAUGCACCUGUUUCACUGUGAAUAGUGAAUGUAAAGGAAGGAAAAGAAACCGAUACAAACCUUGUUCUAUCACAGGUAUGAGCUGCUAUGAUGCAUGAAGAACAUUCCAUGAAGUAUGUUUUAAAAUCUUGUUAUAUCUGAGAGGCUUUAAAAGCCGAUUUAAACUGUUUCAGGGCAACCGCGGUACAGACGUGGUCUCUGUGAGACUUCCACCUGACCCAAGUUUUAAGUGGUACGAAUGUUGUGCAUUUAACGUUAAGGACAGUCUGCAAUAAUAAAGUAAGUGGCCAACGUGGGUGCCCAGCAGUGCUGAGACCUGGCUGCCAUAUUGUGAGCUUUGGAAAACACAAUUUAUGCAACAGAUGUCCAGAUAUGAUUCUAUUUAUGGAAAAGUUUAUAUGUGUUUUACAAAUGGUUUUACCAUCUUAUAUUAAAAUGACCUUUGACAGGUGUGCGCUGUUUUGUCUCCAGUGAGCACAUACCAUGCGGAUUUUAUAUGUACAUCAGUAGAGUGAAUCCACUGGCACAGUGUGUGUAUAUGCCAGAUGUGGUGAGAUUUUAUCUUAUAAAUGUGAUCAGAGUAAGGUAACUCCUGACAGAAAAUGUAAGGAAACCAGCUGAGUGUUUGACUUGAUGACUGAUGUUGUAUGGUUUAUGUUAAAUGUAUAUUCUUUUAAUCAAUGAAUAAAGCAUCAAAAUUCA